AUUCCUUCUCUCUCUUUCUCUCUCGAUGACGACUGGAUGGAGCAAUCCAACCCCCUGCAUUUCAACAUUAGGAUACGCAUGCAAAUACCGAAUUAUUUAUAUCUAAAACCACAACCAACUUUUCCCAUCUUUUGCAUCUGUCUCUCUUGCUGCAAUCUGUUGGCUCUCUCUUCCUCCCUCCCCCUCUCUUCCAUCCUCCCCUCUUGGCUCUCUCUCUCUCUCCUCUCUCCCUCUCUCUGGGUCCAAGCUACGCACUUACAUGGCCAUGGCGAACACCAACAUGGUCUGCUCCAUGUGCGGCGACAUCGGCUUCCCCGACAAGCUCUUCCGAUGCAUCCGAUGCCGCUCCCGCAUCCAACACUCCUACUGCACCAACUACUAUGAUGAGAGGAGCGCUGGGGUGUGUGAUUGGUGCCUGAGCGAAGAGCGAAGCGGUCUGAAGCACGGACUCCAUUCCAAGAAGUCAGCAGGAAGAGAUGGCAGCAGUGAUAAGGUCAAGGAGAACAGCGACCAGGAGGAGAGCAGGAACCGGGCAGGGAAGAGCGGUGCUUCUUCCUCGAAGCCCACCGGUCGCAGGUACAAGCUGCUCAAAGACGUGCUGUCUUGAGGAUGAUCUACUGCUUUUUUGUUCAUGUGCAUAUUAGCUGUAAUUAUUAGUAAGCUUAAAGAUAUGAUAUGUAGCUUUUAAGACUGAUAUAUAGAAGAAGGAAGGAAAAAAAGAAAAGGCCUUGUAAAAUCAAAACUAUAGUUUUGUUAUCAUAUCUGUACACUCUAAAUGGCUUAGAGAUA